UUCCACCAAUUGUCGGCCAUAUUUGUUGUUUGUGUAUAAAAGCGUGUUGUGACAAAAUAUAAAUACUGGACUUUUAAACGAAUUUCAAUAAAGAGAUGAAGAUGAAACUGGUGGAGAACGUCGUAAGGAGUUUCCGAGUGGCGAAGGUGUUCCGUGAGAACACCGACAAAAUAAACAGCAUAGAUUUUUCCCCAAACGGCGAAACAUUGAUAUCUUGUAGUGAAGAUGACCAAAUUGUUAUUUACGAUUGCGAAAAAGGCACACAAGUCCGUACAGUUAAUAGUAAAAAGUACGGGGUUGACCUCAUACAUUUCACCCAUGCCAAAAACACAGCAAUACACAGUUCAACGAAGGUUGAUGAUACAAUUCGAUACCUUUCUUUACAUGAUAAUAAAUACAUCAGAUACUUUCCUGGACAUACAAAAAAGGUUACUUCCUUAUGUUUAUCACCUGUUGAAGAUACCUUUUUAUCAGGUUCAUUGGAUAAAACAUUAAGGUUAUGGGAUUUACGAUCACCGAAUUGUCAAGGUUUAAUGCAUUUAGCAGGAAAACCUGUUGCUGCUUAUGAUCCUGAGGGGUUAAUUUUUGCUGCCGGUGUAAAUUCCGAAUGCGUUAAAUUAUAUGAUUUAAGGUCGUUCGAUAAGGGACCUUUCGUUACUUUCAAAUUAACCCAAGAAAAGGAAUGUGAUUGGACGGGUUUAAAAUUUUCUAGAGAUGGAAAAACGAUAUUAAUCAGCACAAAUGGCUCAAUUAUUCGUCUAAUAGAUGCUUUCCAUGGAACCCCACUACAAACUUUUACAGGACAUUUGAACAAUAAAGGAAUUCCAGUUGAAGCAUCCUUCAGUCCAGACUCUCAGUUCAUUUUUAGUGGAUCAACAGAUGGUCGAAUACACGUUUGGAACGCUGAUACAGGAUACAAAGUUUGUGUAUUAAAUGCCGAUCAUCCAGGUCCUGUACAAUGCGUUCAAUUUAAUCCAAAAUAUAUGAUGUUAGCAUCUGCAUGCACGAACAUGGCGUUUUGGCUGCCUACUGUAGAUGAAACUUAAAUAUAAUUCUUUCAAAAUGUUAUGGGUCUGAAAGAAAAGCAUUUUGAUGAUUUUUAGUUGUUGAACUGAAUUAAGAAUAAGAAUAUAUUUUGUAAGAGAUUUUAUGGUAUAAAUAUGUUUAGGAUAGGAUAAUUUAAAAAAAAGUUUGAUUUAAUAAUUACAAUUAUUAUUGUAUACAUAUAUAAUUAUUGGUAAUGUUAUAAAUUAAUAUUUUUUUGUGUUUUAAUAUUAAUUUAGUUAAUAAUACGAUAAGAUGAAUAACACACAGAAUAUUUAAUGUCAAAAUUGAGUUAUCCGUAUUAUGUACUUUGUAGUUAGGAAUAAUUAUUACUUUUAAUUAUUACUUCAUGUGCUUUUCAAUCAGACAACUCCGAAUUUGCUGUUAAAUAACUGCCAAAAGCCUCCCAAUUUUAAAAAUAAACUUCACAUCUUUUAUAA